GGGAUAGGGGUACCAGCUAGUGUUCAACAUUCUGUAUACGCGGGGGAUUGGAGGCGAUAUUUUGGAAAGGAGCUCUGUGGACUUGCACGAAAGUUAAACAUGUAGAAAGUUUUCCGAAAUGCCGUCAAAGCAGCAGCUUGAUAAGGCGGCUUGGCAAUGGACUGAACGAGUAGAGCCGGAGAACGUCAAGCAAGAGCACAUAGAGACGGCAUACCGGAUAAACUGCACUGUUUGCAAAUCAAAUAAUUGCCGUCGCAACUGCUCGGGUAACCCCUGUUGCCUGUCUGGACUUGGUGAAAAGGCAUUCCUGCAAGAUGUUGAUGAUAACGCCUGGCACGACAUUGAGGACCCAAACUCAGAGAGGAGGCCAGAGGGUGGCUUUGUUGGUUUGAAGAACCUGGGUGCAACCUGUUAUUUGAACAGCUUCCUGCAGGUGUGGUACCACAAUCCCGCAUUCAGGCAUGCUCUGUACUUGUGGGAUCCAAAAGAUGACCCUCAAGAAAAGAAGAAAGCCCCAACCCUCAAUGGUGACAUAGGAAUGCACAAAGAAAAUAAAUCUGAGGUGGCUGCACCAUAUUCACCAUCAUCUGUCACGGGACAUUUGCAGCUAAUAUUCGCUCUGCUUCAGUUCAGCAACAGAAAGUACAUUGACCCAUCUCCAUUUGUCAACUGUUUGGGGUUGAGCACAUCUCGGCAACAGGAUGCCCAAGAGUUCAGCCGGCUUUUUACUUCGCUCAUUGAAGACCAGCUUUCGUAUCAAACUAAAGAAAGUGUCCGCUCAGUUAUUCAGAAGCAGUACUCAGGAGAGUACAGCUACGUUACAAGAUGCCUUCAGUGCAAGACAGAGUCAUCCCGCACUUCUGAGUUCUAUGAACUUGAUCUCAAUAUAAAGGGACACAAGGAUCUGCAUCAAGCACUCAGUGAGUUCCUAAAGGAAGAACAGCUUGAAGGCAGCAAUCAAUACCACUGCAGUAUUUGCCAUGCAAAGCAGGAUGCCACACGCUUCAUCCAGCUGCAACGCCUUCCCCCCGUGCUGAACCUACAGCUGCUUCGCUUUGUAUUUGACCGCACCAGUGCCUCCAAGAAAAAGCUCAAUUCAUCGAUUCAUUUUCCAGAAGCCCUUGACAUGAGUCCUUACCUCAGGCUACCGAAAGGUACGUCAGCGUACAACCUUUCAGCUGUCCUGAUACAUCAAGGCACAAGUGCAAACUCAGGACACUACAUCGCCCACAUCAGAGACAGGGAAACUGGUGCUUGGUACAAGUUCAACGACGAAACAGUGUGCAAAAUGCCCGGAAACAAACUUCAGCUGGCCGCGGAUGAAAAUUCUAAUGUUGGGGCAGCCGGAGAUGGGAAGAAGCGGAAGCCAAAGUUGGGUGAAGGCAUGCACGAUUCCACGAACGCUUAUAUGCUGGUGUACAAAAAGGAUGACCCUCAUGCAAGAGAAUUUGCCCCCGACAGCUCUGUAGAGUGGGACCUACCUGACCACUUGAAAGUGGCCGUUGCAGAGGACAACAGCAAAUUUGAUGAGUGGGUUGCGGAACUCUCUGCCAUGCGGUCUGAAACAGUGAAGGCUGGAAAGGCACGUCAAUCAGAGAUCAGAGCACUCUAUCGUAAACUGCCUGCUGUUGAAGGUGAACCAUUUGACUGGAUUCCCACUGAGUGGCUUAUCAAAUGGCUUACAGAAGAAGUCGAUAAAGUGCCUCCCGUUGAUAAUAGCUUUGCCAUCUGUCAACAUUCAAUGCUAGACCCCCAAAAAGUAACAAAAAUGAAGUGUAUCAGCAGUGCAGCAGCUGAUAUGAUCUAUGAAAAGUUUGGAGGAGGCCCAAGGUUGAGCCCUGCUCUAUGCAGCAAGUGCGUGGAGAUGCAGUGCCGCUAUCUCCAAGUGAAAGCACGAGUGCAAGAGGACCAGAAGGAGAUAUCGCGCAUGCUGAAAUUCAAGGCCACAAGGGAAGAGCCAAAGUUUUGGGUAGGGAAGUUGUCCCUGCAGCACUGGAAGCGGAUGGUGCUCCGACAGUUCGAUGAACAACUCGUGGGGCCCGACGUGGAAUCAUCUGAAGAGGGAGAUGGAGACAGUUUGCUGGCUCAAUCAUCGCAAGAAAAUUCCAAUAAUGUGCAAGUGCAAAAUGAAGACGUUGAAUCUCACAUGGACUUCAAUGAGGAUUCACGUUGUGAACAUGGAGGUUUAUGUCCGGACGAGACAUGCAGGAGACUGACAGUAGCUGCGAUAUGGUAUCGGCUCAAAAACCAUUUUCCAUCUGCUCCUGAAUUCCCCGAGGACACCGAAGUCUGCUCUCUUUGCAAGGACAGCCUGGAGAAAAAUAACGAGGCCCAAGAGAAACUGCGCAUUCAGGCUUCGGUUGAGAAACAGUGCCUGCUGGAUCUUUUCCUUGACCGCAGUCGACCCAAUCCGAGUCUGCUGCAGCCUCAAGACAUUGCUUAUGUCAUCAACAGAGAAUUUGUGGACCAGUGGAGGAAGUUCAUUAGAACACCUUUGUCAAAGCCCCGGCCUACGGUGUUGUCCAACGAUAUCUUGCUGUGUCCGCACGAGAAGCUCGUCGGCCCUCCGGACGAUGAGAACGUGACUCUAGUACGGCUUCACGAGUGGGAGGCCCUGCAACAGUUAUAUGCUGCAAAGCCUGAAAUCACGGUCCGUGCUCCGGCCACCACUGAGGGACAACUGAACAAUGUGCCUUCUUCGAACCCUGAGGUAUGUUCGGAAUGCCACGCCGCGGCCCUUCGAGAACGUUCUCACUUCACGCGGGGCAAGGUCUUCGUUCGACGUGUCAGCACACUAGACUCAACCACCCCUAGCAACAACGGGCCAAGCGCGUCCACCAGCGACACGCCGAACGGCGACUCCUUCGUCCCCGCCAAGCGCAAGAAGCUGGACACGGACGUGUCGACGGCGACGACGACGUGUCGAGUGUCCAGGGCUCGGCGAGCGAGACGUGGUGACCGCGAAAUCACAGUGUCCGCGUCGCAGACUUUGCUCGAGUUGAAAGUGCAAGUCAUGCAGGAAUUCACGGUAGCACCCUUCGACCAACACUUAACCUUGCAACCCGGAGGGGAACCCCUGGCGGACAACCAAGCUACACUGGCCUCUUUGGGUGUCGUGCCUGGCAGCAUCUUGUUUUUAACGACUGAUGAACCGACGUCAGGUGCUAUGGACUUCGAGGACUGUACCAGCGUGCCUGAGCCUGAAGUCGGAUUUAAAGGUACGAAACUACAGGAAUGAUGCCAGGUCGCACCUUCGAUGUUCGGCGGCGACGAUCAAAUACCUCGCUGCACAUUUCCCGCUAAGAAAGCCACGAGUGUCGGACUUCCACCCUGACUGUCCUCCGGUGUCUCAUUUUCGCCAUGGACACCGCCGUUAUUUAUGUUUGUACAUAGAGUCUUAACGCAGCUCAUGUGUAUAUAUAGCUAGCGUUUCUCUUUCUAUCUCUUGUUUCCUUUCUUUCUUUCUUUUUUUUCUGUCGGGUUUUCUUUCUUCUUUCUUUUGUAUUUUUUUUUUAAUGGGAAGCAACCUGCAGCCUUCGUGCAUCCACGUCUUUUUUAUAUGUUUACAAAAAUAGUGCGCUUGGAGUGUAUUUUCCAGGUUUGCGUCACACAUGUAAAUGGAGAGAAUGCUGUUAGAGCAUGGCGCCACCCUUUAAAUUAUUUUCCCUUUAGUGCGUGGAUGAGUCAAGUAAAUGGUCACUGAAGAUUCUUCCUUGUUUCUGAUGCGGAAACAGUUCGUUAUACUGUUAACGCUAUUUAGAUUGUCAAAGGGGCACUACAGUGUGUAUGUGUCUCCUCGCGAAAUAAUCAUUGUCUUGACAGGAAAGCAAAAGGAACGCUUUACCUCUUCUCCCAUUCUCAAGAGGCGCGGGCGCCUCCCAUUGGUUUCCGCAAACGAUUUCCCGCGUUGACUGGGCAAAUCGUUUGCGGUGACCAAUGAGGAUCCCGUUCCUUUUUGUAUUGCUGUCAAGGUAACAUCUUUCAUUCAGCGAGAAUGCUUGCACCCUAGUGCCCCUCUGAGUGCAGGUACUAGCACAUGUACUGCCUGCGACACACUUGUCUGUAAUCUCCAGCUCCCCCUACCCGCGACGCCGCGGGACAUAGCUCCUUAGUGCUUGGCGCCGCCGCUAGGGGAUCGAUCCACCACGAGUUGAAGAUUACAGACAAGUGCGUCGGGAGCAGUACUUGACGCAUGAACUACUCCAGCGGAUGACUACGCAGGUCUAUCAAAAGCCCGACUGGAACGCAGUCAGCCUUCUGCGUUUUAAUCUUGUUCCUCGAGGUAAAGUGCAAUGCGCACGAUCGUAAGUGAACUGCGAGCAACAUAUGCACAGUGCUGGCAGAGACAUCAAUGAUCAUCUGUUCUUUUGCACCAUUACAGUGUAUCGGUUUUUGCACGAUAUGCAUUUGAAGGAAACGUGGAAUAUAAUGCACGAAUAAAAGAGGGUAAUAAGGA